AUGGCAGGUAAUAGGUAUUUUGAAGAUCAGCCGUAUGAGGUAGAAAACCCUUUUAACAUCAUGAUAACGUUGUCACCAUUUGACAUAGAUUUGAGUACUACGAUAAUGAUGCCAAAAACGUUACUAGAGGCCAACUUAUUUCGUUUCAUGGAUAUAAGUUAUCUCGUCGGAUUGUUACAAGUUCCUAACAAGCCAAAGGUGAUUGAACUUUUUGAUAUUGAUACCAAAAUUACAACAUUUCUUACCAUAAGAAGAGAUGGAGAUAAUUUCAAAUUCCAUGGAUGGAAUAAUAUUCUCGAACGAAAACAUUACAAGGCAGGCGAUGUUAUUGCAUUUUGGUGGGAUCUUCAUCACACUAGACUUAAUUUCAAACAUGUUGCUUAG